GUUGUUGCUAGCCCCUCUUUGGGAGACAGUAGCCUAAAUAACCUACACAUGAUUGUUAUCAAUUACACAGUAUAAAGAACUGCACAUGAAUUAACCUUCGUGCAGUUCAUGCACGUGUCGUCAUAUAUAUAUAUUUUUAAUCCGGCACGAUGGAGGGCAUUUGGACGGUUGCUUGAGACCUGAAUCUACAGAAGCCUUAAUGGUUAAACCGGACUGAGAUAGCUACACUUCUACAUACCUGCAACCAUACCUCCAACCCUCGCGUUUUCUUCCAGGUUUCUCCCGUAUUUUAACUUUUUUCCCGUUGUCUUCCCGUUUCAAUAUUUUCCCGUAAAAUAUCCCGUAUUGUAAUACUCUCAUAGCAUUAGCCGUACCAGCGGACCUGGCAGUCUGUAACCUUAAUCUACGGUUGUCCUGUUCUCCGGAUUUGCCCUUCCAGAUCUUAGAGUGACAACAUUAGCCUGUUUAAGAUAACGAUGCGGUUCUUAUGAGAGCACAUUUUGACGACAAUCUGUAAGCAGUCACGUUAGAGGUAGCUUUACAGCUUCACAGCAGUUUAGUUAGUGGAGCAGUAGUAGCCUGUAGUCUGGGUAAUCUAUACUGUAGUCUGAAUUGUUGUUGCAACAGAAAGACAAGACAUUUUCUCUUAUUACACUUUUUGUUCUCACCAAAGAUUAAGUUUGUUACGAUUAGCUGUCAGUCAAAGUUGUCUUCUGGUGAUAUUUUUCAUUGUGAAAUUAGUAUUCAACACAUCUAGCGAGUUAACACAGUUCAAAACGAUCAGAAAUGGAGCCUAGGAGCUUUGUCACACGCUCCUGGCGCAGUUUACAGUCACAACAUAGGCCCACCGGUGGCGAGAAUCUCCGGAGAGCGGUCCACUCCGAGAAGAUGGAUGAGAUUGACCAGAGUCACAAGAGAGUUUGCGUCAACCUGGAGAAGGCUACCCAAUGCAUCACACAAGCAUUACAGCGUGAAGUGGCAAGGAACCAAGAGCUCUGCGUGCUGAUUCGUCGCAUGGAGGAGAGAGAGGCGGAGCUUGGGCAGAGUCUUGCAGAGGAGGCAGAGUCUAACAAUCAGCUGAGGUUGGAGAUUGAGGAAUUACAGAAACAACUGGAGGAAAAGGACAACUCGCUCUCAAAGGCCAACCAGACUGUGACUUCCCUGACCAAAGAACUGCAUUGCGUCCAGCAGCUCCAGAGCCGGCCAAGUAGUCAUGGGAGAUUCCAGGAAGUGGAUGAGUGUCUGCAGCUUGGAGGGAUCCAACUCAAGCUGGAGCAGUCAGGCCCCAGUGCCUGCUCUCCUCUCCGAUCUGAGCAGCUGGUCUGUGUCCAAACGCCGGGUUCGUCCACGCGCAACACUCCGCCUGUCUGUCUGAUCAAACGAGAGGAGGAAGAGGAGGAGGAGGAGGAGGGUGGGGGACCAGAGGCUCCAGUGUGUUUGAUUAAAGAGGAAGAGGAGGAAGAGGAUGAUGAUGGUGCUGGACAUGGAUUGUACUGUCAGUCUGUGGUGGAGAGAUCUGACCUUACGACAGAAGAAAACAAAACUGAACUGAUACAGGCUCUACUGCUGGCACCUCGCACCCAGGCUCAGACGUCGGUUUCAGCGAGCACUUCACGGGUCAUCAGGCAAAAAAAGACGAGUCCUCAGACUUCGCUGGUGUCGUCUGACCGUCAGCGACUGCUGGAGGCUCCAGUCUCUAAAGAUGAAGCAAAAGGAGCUGACCCCAGAACAGCACCCAUCUUCUCUGAUCUCAUGCGGGUGAUGGAGAUGGCAGGCCAAGAGCUGGCGGGGGACCUCUGUCCGGUUUGUGGAGACAAGGUCUCAGGAUUCCAUUACGGCGUCAAAACAUGUGAAAGCUGCAAGAGCUUUUUCAAGAGGACUGCUCACACCAACAAGGUCUACAACUGCGUUAAAUCCCAGAACUGCCGAAUAGACAAGAUCCUUCGGCAGCAGUGUGCUUUCUGCCGCUUCAAGAAGUGCCUAGGCGUUGGGAUGAGACUAGAAGCGAUCCGUGCUGGCCGUGUGCGAGGCGGCAGAAAUAAGUUCAGCCCCAUGUACAGCACUCAGAAGAACCACAAGAGGGCGCUGUGUCACCAAGACAAAGAAUGGGGCUCUUAAUCAAUCCUGACACCAGAUGGCGCUGUUUCUCGAAGAUAGAGGACUCCAGAGGUUGCCUCAGAACCUCGUAACAUAAAACAGAAAAAAAGACUCCUUUUGUUAAAAAUAAGGGUCGACCUUGAGAUGUUAUGUGCUCAGUAUGGGUGGUCAUGGAAAUGUAAUUAAGUAGUUGAUGCGUUAUAGAAACAUUUCUUUUUUUUUUUUUAAAAAAAGAGGGAGAGAGAACAAUAUGUCAGUUCCUAGCCCCAUCGUCAUCAUUAACAUGUUUCAGAUUUAACCUCAAAAUGUCAGUUUAAACAACUUUUGCAAAUUCAAAAUGUCAUCACAUUCGUUUCAGGAGAUUCAGGAAGUUCAAUUAAGACUUUGAUCGUUUUCACCUAUUGUACUGGUAAAUAGUGGUGUGAAUUCUCUGAGCAAGGUAGGGUGGAGCACCACAUGGUGAAACACUGCACACACCGGGCCCACAUGAUUGCGCUACACUCUGCUUUGGACGUUUGUUUAUCUCCGUUUAUCACCGGUGGCAACAUGAUUUAACAACAUUCAAUUACAUUAGAUUCCAUUGUUCUCAAUACAACUUCGCACACCAGCAUCACACUUUGCCGCUGUCGCUGUGUGGGUUGCGAUUCGGUUCUAUUUUGUCGGCGCCACCCCAUAAAAUCCGAUGUUCAUCCAGGGUUUGGCAGUUAAAAACUCCGGCGCUGAGGUGCGUGGUAAGGGACCGCACACUCAUGUCUGUGCUGUCGUGCGCAGCACUUAAGAGUCAAGUGACCAAUUUCACAGUGUCCAGGUGUCUGACCUCAUCGAUGUUAAUGAUACCUUAAUUGGCAGGGUAAAACGUCUUCCUGUUUCUGUCUUUCCUGUGGACUUUUCUUUUGCUGUCUAUGGGGCAGUGCUCUUCCACAGGAAGUUGAUUUAUACAGCGGCCCCAUCUUGUGAAAUGGGCUAAUUCUGUGAACUAGGUAGAGGGCGCAACCUGAAUAUACCACAGAGACGGUGUUGUUCUGGCCCAGAGUUGGGCAGUAAAAGGCCCAGAGUUGCCCAGAGUUGGGCAGUAAAAGGCCCAGAGUUGCCCAGAGUUGGGCAGUAAAAGGCCCAGAGUUGGGCAGUAAAAGGUCCAGAGUUGCCCAGAGUUGGGCAGUAAAAGGCCAAGAGUUGAGUUGGGCAGUAAAAUGCCCAGAGUUGGCCGGUAAAAGGCCCAGAGUUGAGUUGGCCGGUAAAAGGCCCAGAGUUGAGUUGGCCGGUAAAAGGCCCAGAGUUGAGUUGGGCAGUAAAAGGCCCAGAGUUGGGCAGUAAAAGGCCCAGAGUUGCCCAGAGUUGAGUUGGGCAGUAAAAGGCCCAGAGUUGAGUUGGGCAGUAAAAGGCCCAGAGUUGGCCGGUAAAAGGCCCAGAGUUGAGUUGGGCAGUAAAAGGCCCAGAGUUGGCCGAUAAAAGGCCCAGAGUUGGGCAGUAAAAGACAUGGCUACACAGCUGGCUCGGUGCUGUUCACUGCAGAAAAGAGUUGUUACGUUUCCAACCUUAAAGAUAGACAUAGCAUGGACGAAUGGAGUACUCGAGUCAAGGUGAAGAGGGUUCUAUGUCACCAUUUCUAUGUAUAUCACCUUUAAAUACCUGAGAGUAAGAAUGUAGCACACAGAGACUGAGCUGAAUUUCACCUCGUUGUUUUGUCCAUGUCAAUCAAACACGCUAACGUUUCAGAGGAUAUUAUGAGUUGUAUUAUGAUGUUGGAUGUUACAUUGUAAUACAUAUAAAUGCAGAUCCAACUUUUCUGAUUGCAUAAAAAAAUAAACUUUUUGAUUCCUAA